AUGUCGCUGAAAGUUCUCCAGCCUCAAAAACAUCGACACCACACUGUCCGAUUCUCCAGCGAUGACUUACCAAGAUAUAAAUCCCUGGAACAAACAGAGCAAUCGUUUGUGGAGUAUGGAUCACCGCAGUCCUAUUCUGGAGUCGACUCUGGGGCUCCAAGUCCAGACUUUCCUUUCCAACCAGCCGCUGAGAGGUUUAGGCUUAAUGAACAACGCAUCAAAUUACUAACAGCCAUCAAUCAAAUUGUACAACAGAGGGCUGAACAGGAAUCAAACCGCCUUACCCUCUCUUCCCUUCUCGAUGAGUUGAGGAGGAAAUUGAAGAGGAGAGUAGAAGACUGUCAUUUAGACAAAAGGGAUAAGUUGAAAGCACUAAAGCAAGCGAACCAGCGACUGGAGAAGGAGAAGUUCAGCAUCACAGUGGAGAUAGGGCACCUCAAACGGCACCUGGAGAAGGAGGAAGCUCAUCAUGUCCAGCACGCGAGGACUGCUGUUGUUCAGGCCAUCCAGGGUGUAACAAAAUCGCCAUUGGAGCUCUUCACGUCGUGUUCUGUGUCUCAACUGCCCGAUAUUGUCUGUAGAAGUGUCGCCAAGAACGCGCCAUCAAAAGUUGCCGACUACAAACUAAAUGCCGCGCGGCUGAUGCGCGACAUAGUUGAUUUGCGACAGCGUCUUGCGCAGGUGGAAGCUAAACUAUCCAAUGAACUCAAGCGUAAAAGGCAGGUUGAGAACGACAUUGUGCGACUGAGGAAGGAGCUGUCUGCGACUAAGAGCAACGUUGCGUCGUUGCGGCUUUUGCCCGCGCCACAAAAGAAGCCAUGCGCAAAAUUCGCCUAA